GCCCCGCCCCCACCGCGUGACCGGAAGCGCGCGGGGCCCCCAAGAUGGCGGCCGAGACCCGGAAGUGAGCGCGGCCGCCGCCGAUCGCGGAGACGCCGAGACGCCACGGGGCUCCGCGCCGGCAGGUCCCGGGUCCGAGGAGGUGAUGUGCCCCCCAAGCCGGAGCCGGAGCUGGAGGCCGUGGGGCGGCCGUGAGCCGGUGCCAUGGACGGGGGGGAGUUUCCGCAGGCUGAGCCCCCCCCCACGGGCAGCCUCAUCUACAGCCCCCCUGGCGUGCAGGGCUCCAUGCUGCACUACCCUUGGCUCGGCCCCUUCCCACCCAGCUACCCAGCCUUCAGCCACACUGCCCCUUUCCUCAGCCCCUCGUUCCUGGUGGGCCAGGGCGGCUACAGCAGCUCCCCGAGCUUCCUGCCAAAGAGGGACUUCCCUCAGGUGAGAGACCCCCAGCUGCCCAGCGUCUCCCCCAGGGCCCGUCCCCAUCUCCCCCAGGUCCCCGUGUCCCCCUCCUCCCCGUGUCCCCACCUCCCUAUGUCCCCGUGCCCCCCUCCUCCCCGUGCCCCCCACCUCCCUGCGGGGCGGGGCGAGAGGGCGGAGAGCUGGCGGGGGCGGGGCUACGCUGAGAAGGCCCUACGGGGCGGGGCUACGCGGAGACAGCCCCCGUGGGGCGGGGCGGGAGCAGAGCUGGCAGUGAGCGCCCGGCCCUGCCCGCAGGGGGCGCUGACCCAUGGUGACCGCCGCGCCACCGAGUCCCGCGACCUGAGCAAGUACAACUUCGAGAACAAGUACGGCAAGCGCGCGCUCAGCUGCGUGCUGGCCACGGUGCAGAGCCACGCCGACAGCCCGGUGCCGCUGCCCCGGGGCUACCCGGGCGGGGACGCCGCCUUCUUCCGGGACAUGAAGCAGGGCCUGCUCUCCGUGGGCAUCGGCGGCCGCGAGUCCAGGUCUGGAGGCCUGGACAUGGAGAAGGACUGCUCCAUCACCAAGUUCCUGAACCGCAUCCUGGGCUUGGAGGUCCACAAGCAGAACGCGCUGUUCCAGUACUUCUCCGACACUUUCGACCACCUCAUCGACAGGGACAAGAAGGAGGGCAAAUACGACCUGGGCAUCCUCGACCUGGCUCCCGGUGUCGAUGAGAUCUACGAGGAGAGCCAGCAGGUGUUCCAGACACCCGGGCACCCACAGGAUGGCCAGGUGGUGCUGUACAAGGUGACGGUGGACCGAGGCCUCAGAUGGGAGCAGGCCUUCGCCAAGUCUCUGGAGCUGACGGGCCCCCACGACGGCUUCUACCUCUCCUACAAGGCCCGUGGCAACCAGCCGAGCUGCCUGCUGGCGGAGCAGAACCGCGGGAAGCUCUUCACGGUCUACAAGCCCAACAUCGGCCGCCAGAGCCAGCUGGAGACUCACGACAGCCUGGGCCGCCGCUUCCACCAGGUGCCGGCGGAGGAGGCCCGGGAGCACUGGGAGAACAGCUUCAACUUCUCGCUGACGCAGUGCAGUCACGUGGCCUGGAACCGGCAGUGCCGCCUGGCGCAGGAGGGCCGCGAAUGCUCGCAGGGGCUGCGGCUGCGCCACCACUACGUGCUGUGUGGGGCACUGCUGCGGGUGUGGGGGCGCGUGGCGGCCGUCAUGGCGGAGGUGACGGGCAGCAACCACCUGCAGAUCGUGCGACUCAAGACCAAGGACCAGAAGAAGCAAGUCGGCAUCAAGGUGCCUGAGGUGUGCGUGCGCCGCGUGUUGCGGGAGCUGCAGCUCAUGGACGCCGACGUGAAGCGCAAGAAUGCCCGGCCGCCCCCGCCUUGCCCUCCGGCCCUUGGCCCCCACCCCGAGGUGCUGGACCUGACGCACAGCCCGCCCGCCGCCCGCCCGCCGCCCUUCGCCUUCCCGCCCGCGCUGCUGGAGCCCGACAUCAACUACAAGGAGGUCCUGGAGGAGAUGCUGCGCUUCCAGGCCGAGCCCCGGGCAUCUGGGGCCGAGCGCGGCAGCGUCAUCCAGUUCGGGCCCCCAUUCCCCGAAGCCGCGGCCACCGGGCGGGCGGGCGGCCCCGCAGACUACUGAGCGCGGGCGCCCCAACCGCAGUGCCUUCCCCACCCCCAGGCCCGGCCUGGGGGGCCGCCCAGGGCGGUAACUCAGGAACCCCAGGUGCUCGGGGGUCGACCCCCUAAUAUAUGCAACCCCUGCUGUGCUCCCUAAAUUAUUGCCCUGCCCGGGGCGCUGUAUUUAUAUACGGACUCAGGUGUACAUAUGUAAAGACCUUUUCUAAAUAUAUGUGCCUUUCCUACUGCA